AUGAGCCAAAAGUGCGAUUUGAAAAUACCUCAAUGCUCGGCAUGUGAAAGGCAGGGUGAAGUUUGCAACAUCACCGAGUACGUUGCCUACCCAUACGCACUUGUGGAGAGCCUUCAUUUGAAGGAGAAAGAGCUUGAGGAUAGACUUGGUAGUCACAAAAAUGAUUUUAUCUGUGAGCCAGCUGUCGAUAAGCACGGCCUUGGGCCAUCUUUCAAUGGUCUUCCACCCACUUCAGGUAAAUUGGCUUCAUCAGCAGAUGUGAGCAAAGAAGCCGAAGAAGUGGGUGUUCUAGCCAUUGGGACUGUUGAUCGGUACUCUCACGCCAAAUACGUGGGCGCUGCUGCGGGCUCAACUUUCGCUAGAAUAUUUUUCAAACAAGUUAGACUGGCCAAGUCUUCGAGUACGAACCAGAAAGAUCCAGAGGAUGAUGCAAAUCUUCCGGAGUACAUGGCUUCAAUUCCAUCGAAAGUGAUUUCUGGGCAUCUUCUUUCUACUUACAUCGCAAGGCUUCAUCUCUGGUGGCCAUUCUUGGAUCUAAGGCAUACUCGGUCUUGUUUCAGAAGAUUGUAUCAAGAACCGCAAGCAUGUAGUGAUUUUGAAAGAUUCACUUUCUUUAUUGUCCUUGCACUGGCGGCGGACGAAGCUUCCCACGAUGAUGCAUAUACUUCAAUGCUGGAUUACAACACUCCGCGAGAUUAUUUUCAAACUGCGCUUCAUUUCUUCAAAAGAUUCAGAGACCACCCUCGCGAUCUACCAGGCCUCCAAGCAGUUUUACUGGUGACAAUUUGGAUGCUGAAUUCGCCCUCUCGCAACCAUAGCAAUGAUCUUUGGCAUCUGACAAGAUAUGCCAUGUCCAUAGCGCUCGAGCUGGGAAUUCACCGACAUAAUCCAUCUUGGCAUUUUAGCCCCGAAGAGACUGAGAUUCGUUCUCGUACAUGGUGGGCAACAUAUAGCCUGGAGAGAUUUGUGGCUCUGACCACUGGGAGGGUUUUGUCAGUGCGCGACCAAGCUAUCGAUACUCCAAUUCCUUCGUUCAAUAGUCUUGAUCAGCUUACCGAGCAAGAAGUGAAGAUUGCCACUUUAUUCCAUGCCAAAUCGGUUUGGAUUUUUGUCCAUAUGAUUGAACUCCGAAAGAUUGCAGGGCGCAUUCUGGAGUCAAUAUACAUCGCUCGAAAUCGGGAUGGGCGAUGCUCAUCACUCACCUUUCAGGAAGUUUGCUCGAUUUCAGAUGACUUGCAUCGGCAAUUGGAUCACUGGAAAAGCCAACUUGAUGCUGCAGGAAUAAGCCAAUCACGAGAAUAUAAACUCAUGAGAAUUGAAUACUGCAUGAUGUUGAUGCAUUUAAAUCGUCCCUCGCCAGCUUUUAUGGUUCCCUCGCAAAACAUGAUUGCCGUCUGCUCUCACGCAUCAUCCAGUGCUCUGCAUCAAUGGGCCGCAAUAGCCUCUGAGUCGGGGAUCGAUGCGAUCUGUCGGUGCUAUCGCCAAUUCCAUGACAUUCUUAUUGUGGGCUUGGUUCGUCUUUACAGUGACUGGCACAUGCAAAAGGUCGCACCAACCCCAAUGCCUACGCUCCGACCCGAAGAUGCUGCAAUAUGUCUUGGAUUACUUCGUGAGGGCAUCGCUAAUCUUCACGAGCAUUCUCUUUCGAAAUUCAUCAACAUAUUCUCUUCCCUCAGAGACAAAGUAUAUCCGUAUACACCUCCUCUCGAUGAAGCCGUUCAAGGUGCUUCAUUUUCCCAAAUUACCGAUCUUCCAAUGAUUCCUAGCGCACAGGAUAUUAAUCGGUCUCGGGAAGAUAGCUAUCAUGUCCUCAAUACCGAAAUCGAAAUGAUGCCGAUAGCAUCAGAGAGUCUAGAAAGUUAUCUCAACCAAAUGUCGACUAUCUUUGACAACGAGAUGCUUGGUAUUGAUGAUUCGCUGACCGCAUGGUAUGGGACUGUUCUUAGCGACAUUGGCGAUACUCAUAGCAUGCAAAUGUAA